AGACGCUUCGUUUCUGGCCCCCAAACCCAGAAAACAAAAACGGAAUCUCUAUUUACUACUUCCCUUUUGCCCCAAAACAAUGGCGAAUGAGUUCCUAAACUUUCCUCCAAAUUUGGAUGAUGGUGAACUUUGGCUCCCGUCUGAUAUUUUCCUCAACGACGUCCCUUCCAAAAUCAAGCCCCACCUUCACCACCAUAACUCCCGUCGUCUCCCUUUCUCUUGCAUGGAAGACUUAGCUUCUCGUUUCGCCGCGCUUAAACUUCCUAAACAUCACCAAAAACUAUCCAAAGCCGUCAACUUUGAGAGGGUUCAAGAACCGGUUUGUUACGGUACGGUUAAUAGGAGUGGUUUGGAAGCGGGUCAAAGCUUUUACGGUUUCAGAAGCGGCCCUUUUCUUGGAGGGACCAAACCGGUUUAUGAAUGUCAGUUCGUGAAACCAACUCAAGCUCAGGUUGAGAGCUACGUUGAAGCCAGAGCUAGGGUUCUGCAAAGGCUACAAAACCGGCUUUUUCAAAACCGGGAUUUGCCAUUUCAAGCAAAUGGUUUUAAUAAUUAUAAGCACAGGUUAGGCGGUGGUUUGGUGAGAACAUCCGGAGGCACUGGAGUUUUUCAUCCUCGCGUUCUUAACAGUACUUUUGAUUCCGAAAAGAAACAAGGUCUGAGAAAUAGGCAAUCACAAGAGAUUCAAGUUAGCCGAGAGAUGAAGGCCAUGAAAGGGGUCAGUAUUGUGAAACAAGAGGAUUGCCAUUAUCAUCUUCCUCCAGAGAUGGGGUUUCCUAGGGACUGGAUUUAGUCACCUUCAAUCUUCCAUUUUGCUUGCAUGUGAUUUGCCAUGAAAAGAUACUGAUAAAUGACUGAAUAAGACGAGAGAAUGAAGUCGAUAAAGAAGAUAGAAGGUGAAAUAAACUUGGGUUUCUUGCAAACUUGAAAAAGAGGCAGGAUGCUUUUGUAGUUACUAGUUAGUAUGGUGGUAUAGUAGUGUGCCCUUGGCUUGGUCUAGUUUUGUAGAGAUAAAUAAAAAAUGCUUUUGAAAGGGGUUCACGUUGAGGAAUUGGCCUGUUUUGUCACCCUUUUGUAUUUUUUUUUUGUUAGA